AUGGUAAGGGCGAAGACCAGUGGGCAAAAUGAUACUGAUGUUCUGAAGAUCGCGAAUGACAUCUACUUCAAUAGAUAUAAGAAGAAGUUCAACCUUGAUCAUGCGUGGAGGGAGUUGCGCUAUGACCAGAAAUGGUGCUCUGUUUCAAGCUCUAAAGAAGUUGGAAGCUCAAAGAAGAGGAAGCUUGACGACGGUACACAAUCAGAAACAUCUCAAGCGACUGAAAGCAAGACGUCCGAGUGUCACACUCGUCCCCCGGGUGUGAAGGCAGCAAAGGCAGCUAAGGCACGUGGUAAGAAGCCUGAGGGGAAGGACCUCGAUGGGUAUCAGAAAAUGUGGUCCAUUAGGAAGGAGGACAUGGCCAUGAAAGAAAAGCUUUACAAGAUGUCUCUGCUGGACAAUCUUAUUGCAAAAAAAGAUACACUGUCCGAGAGUGAGGAAGGUCUAAAGGAUAAGCUGAUUGCGGAGUUGUACUCUGCUUGA